ACUUUUCCAUUUCUUUAAUCCACUUUCCCACCCCUAAAAUCUUUAAUUCACUUAAUUAACAUCUAUAUACCUCACGAAUAUAAUUCAAUAAAUAUUAUAACGAAAUUAUUACAAAAGGCCACCCAAAACAUUCUACACAUAUUAGGGUUAUUACAACUGUUUCCCGCGGCCUUUUUUCCCCACACCACCAAAACCUCUGUCCAUUUAUAGUUUAUACACAUGUACAUAAACUCAAGCUCACACAUUCAUCACAUUCAUUUGUUGUUGCAUCUACUGCCAAGUGUGUGUACAUGUUCAGACCACAGUGUGUAAGUCUGCCGACAAUAUCGUACAGUAGUAAAUGAAGGAGUGAAUAAGCAAAGCAGCUCAGAUCCCAAGGUGUCGUGCCAUGACACUUUUAUUUCUCAUUUCUCAAUCGAAUCUCGUGGACUUGUAAUAAGAUAUGAUAUUAUGAAGUUUUAUAUUUCGACCAAGGGGAUCAAGAGGUUGAAUAGAGUCUCCGGUGGGGGUUACUGGCAGGGGAUGAAAGGACGGGGAAGUCCGGCGAUCAUUCGCCGGAUUUCUUACCGGACUCUUUUGUUGCUGCUGCUUUUGAUGAUGGCCAUUGUUUUGCCCUUUAUGUUCCUCAGAGUUGCUUAUCUUGUUCUUGAAUCUUCGGCUCUUUGUUCUUCCCCUCUAGAAUGUAUGAGACUGAGGCUUUUCGGCGGGAGUGAUUCUUCCACGUUGAGAGAAGAGCUGGAAAGAGCAUUAGAGGAAGUAAAUAAUAAUGAUGAAAUAGGAGAAAGAAUAGCAGAGGCUUCUCCAGAGUCAUUCACGGACCUUGUGAAGGAUAUGGUGUUAAACAGACAAGACAUCAAAGCUUUCGCUUUCAAGACCAAAGCAAUGAAUAUGAAGAUGGAGAGGAAGGUGCAGUCAGCCAGAAGGCAUGAGUCCUUUUAUUGGCAUUUAGCUUCUCAUGGGUAUCCUAAAAGCCUGCAUUGCCUUCAUCUUAAGUUGGCUGAAGAGUAUGCUGUAAACGCCUCUGCACGGUCUCCAUUACCUUCACCUGAAUACAUCUCCCGAUUGACAGAUUCUUCAUUCAAUCAUGUUGUUCUUCUAACAGACAAUGUCUUGGCGGCUUCUGUUGUCAUCGCUUCGACUGUCAAAAACUCAGGGAAUCCGGGGAAAUUGGUGUUCCAUGUAGUCACAGAUAAGAAAACAUACAGCCCAAUGCAUUCUUGGUUUGCAAUGAACAUUGUUGCUUCUGCAGUUGUGGAAGUUAAAGGAUUACAUCAGUAUGAUUGGUCCCACAAAGUAAAUGUUGAGGUUAAGGAGAUGUUAGAGAUUCAUCGCUUAAUCUGGAGCCAUAAAUGUGAAUAUAUGAAGGGAGAAGACUCUGAUCAUGAAAGAGAUUUGGAAUUUCUAAGCCCUAGCUAUAUUUCACUGUUAAAUCAUCUCCGAAUAUAUAUCCCUGAGCUGUUUCCAGAUCUAAACAAGAUUGUUUUCUUGGAUGAUGAUGUUGUAGUUCAACGCGACUUGUCAUCUCUCUGGCAUUUAGAUCUCAAGGGAAAAAUUGUAGGUGCUGUUGUCGACUCAUUUUGCGGGGAAGGGUGUUGCCCGGGAAGAAAAUACAGGGACUACUUCAACUUUAGUGAACCAGUUAUGUCAGCUGAUUUUAGAUCGGACCGUUGUGGAUGGCUAUAUGGGAUGAAUGUCUUUGAUCUUGAAGCUUGGAGGAAAACUAAUAUUACUAAAACAUAUCAUCAAUGGCUUAAGUUUGUAAAACCUGGAAUCUGGGUUGGGAUUAUGGAAUCCUGGAACACUUCCUCCAGCCUUGCUUGCUUUUGAUGGUUUUGUGCAUGACCUUAAUCCGUCGUGGCAUGUGGCAGGUUUAGGCUAUCGAUUUCCACAAGUGAGCCUGCAGACGCUGAACACGGCAGCUGUCAUUCAUUUUAGUGGACCUGCAAAGCCGUGGCUGGAGAUCGGGGUCCCUGAGGUACGAAGCUUAUGGUCUAGACAUGUAAAUUUUUCAAACAAAUUCUUUACAAAAUGUAGAAUUGUAGAGUGAAGAGCAAAGUUCCUUCACUUUCUGAUAAAGUGAUAAUCCAGUUUCGAGUAAACCAGUGGGAAGAAGGUUUGUCUUCAGCUUCUGCUUGCUCCAAGCUCGUAUAAUGUCAUAUAAUUUAUAUUUUUUGUCCAGAAACAUAUCAUAGAUGCAGGUAACAAGCAAUACCUUACACAAUUAGAUACUGACAUUCAACAGACAUCCAUGUAAUUGUAUAUCUCUCAGAGUCAGAUAUCUAUAAUUACUUGUAAUUGUCUGACCUCUGCAUAUAUCUAGCAUCUCCUUGUCUUUGUACAAAUUAAUAACAUUUUAUUGUUCAAGCAAGACAUGUUAUUUUCAUUA